CUCUCUCUCUCCGGAGACAGGGGUUUCCACCGUCAAUAAACGCGCGUCACCCCAGUGGCUCUGAGCCUGGGAUCCGCCCGGCAGCGUCACAGCCCAUUCGGAGGAGGCGUGGAGCACGUCUUCCCCCCCCACCUCCCUCCCUCCUCUUCCCAGACAAAGCAUCGGGGCUCAGUUCACCGGCUCCUGCCCCACCGACCGGGAGGCUACAAAUUUUCCUAACCCAGUGCCGCCGGCCAGAUCCCUUUUUUUUUAAAAAAAAAAGGUGGUGGUGGUGGGGGGGGAAGGAAAAAGGAAGAUCCCAACUAUACACCCAGCCACCCCACGAGAGGAGAGACUGCAUCCCCGGCCAUGUCUGCGUUCGCCUGUCGCGACUACUUCGCCGCCGAGUGUCUGAUGUCCAUCUCCAGCGGGGCGGUGGUGCACCGCUCGCCGGUGAAGGAGGAGGAGGAGGAGGAGGAAGAAGAGGAGGAAAGUUCCGAGGUCACUUCCAGCGAGGACAAAGAGGUGAGCGACACGCUGAAAGACGGGGGCAACCUGCUGCUGGUGGCGAGCAUUCUGACCGACCUGCAGAAAUGCCGGCCCAUGUCCUCCAACUCGGAGAGCAGCAACUCGAGCCUGGAGAGCGGCUACGCCACCCUGUCCGAGGGUCCCGGCACCCCGACCCUGGGCACGGCCGACGCCACGCCGGAGAAGCGGAAAAGCAGGCGGGCGGACCACCAGUGCGCGGCGAAGAAGCACCAGUGCUACCACGCCGGCUGCGACAAAGUCUACGGCAAAUCUUCCCACCUGAAAGCACACAUGAGGACUCACACAGGGGAGCGACCAUUUCCUUGCACCUGGCCGCAGUGUUUGAAGAAAUUUGCCCGUUCAGAUGAGCUGGCUCGACAUUAUCGUACCCAUACGGGUGAGAAGAAAUUCAGGUGCCCAAUGUGUGAGAAGAGGUUCAUGCGCAGCGACCACUUGAUGAAGCAUGCUCGCCGACACCCUGACUUCAAACCCAGCAUGAUCGUCAAGCCAAACAGCAGAAGUGCAUCACCCCCCAACAUGCUGGCACCCACCUUCCACAGCCUGGCAUCCCCUUCCAUUGCCAGUCCUCCCCCUAAUCCUGCUGGUCCUGUGUUCAAUUAGACUGGAGGGCGGAGGAAAAAACCCAGUUUGUACCAAAAGUCUUGUUAAGCGUGAGAGUCUAGCACCCACCCUCCAAGCAUGUGUGAACUGUGCUUGUAGAUCUUUGCUUUUGAACCAUUCGAUCUUUGUGGACUAGUGUUGGGGGAAGGCCUUUCAUAUGCAUUGUUUUUGCACACAUAGUGACUGUAGCCAGCGACUGAAAUUCAGCAGCUAGCUUCUUUGUUGGGUUGGUAUGAGAGUAAAAGAGUGUGAGCUGUGAACCUUAAAAUUGUGCCCAUUAUUAUCCAUCCUAGUUGGACCUGUUGCCCAUUUUUACUUUUGAAAUUCUAACUUAUUGCAGUAACUCCAGACAGGUUUUGGAGUACAUUGAAGUGCAACCAUUGUUUAGUCAACCUAGUCAAAAGUUGACCUAUUUUAGAACUACUUCUGGAAUCAAAGAAAAGUCACGCAGACCGAGACUGAUCGAGCCAUAGCUUUACAAGUAAACUCAACAGCCACAAAAAGCUGCACUGUUAAUAUGAUGUAACACAUUUCAGGGCAGUUUUAAGUGGAGCAGGGAGAGUUUAAAAAAAAAAAUCAUCUUUUCAGGUUUUAUAACAGCUUUAAUACUAUGUUCAAAUAUGAAUUAAAAACCAUAAGGAAUCAACUUUGCUUGGUUUCUCACAUCAGUUCACAGUGAUCUUACAGCUCAGUUUAACUUGGUCAUACAGUUUCCUUCCCUAGAGAGUUCUCAUUGGGUUUAACUCAGGGACUAAAUUACUGUAAAUUGCAGGAUUCCUACAGUGACAAUGAUUUGCAGCUAUUUAAUUGAUCUGUCUCAGGGCUACAAAGGAUCUUGCCGCAUGUCAUAGAAACAGACAUAGCACUGCAAUUCUGGACACUGGUAUACCUCCUGCAGAAACUUCUUCGAUUUCUCUGUUCUGGUUGGGGGUGCUGCUGUUUGUACAGUGAAAGUGCUGAAAUCUGUUUCUGCACUUUUUGUAUGCAAGUAAUGUAUAGUAAUUGUACUGCUGGUAUGAUGAUCCUUACGUGAUGAGUAGGCCAGACUGGGCACAACAGCUAUGUGAUUAUGAGAUUACUACCAGCCUGUUGGAAAUCUUCUGGUUUACAGCCCAGUUUAACUUUGCUGUAAGAUUUUAAGAUUACAAAAGACUGUACUACUCAAUCUGAAACGUGGCUGUACACGUGAUCAAUCUUUUGAAGAUAAAAUAUGACCCAGGUCUUAAACUAGCAUGGAGAAAUCAAACUUGUAACAUGGUCUCUAUGGUGACAAUGGCUUGCAUCUGGACUAACUUCACUGUGACCUGGUUUGCUAGAAAAUAAUUACCCAAGUAGGGCAUCUUUAUUCAGAUUACUUGAUUACAGAUUGAGUGCAGUGUUUUGUAUCCCAGUACAUUGGAGAACAGUUCCCAACUUAUGACCACUUUUUCUGGGAAACUUGCUCAUGAUGAAAUUGGUAGAAAGAAGGCUAAAUGACACUGUCCGUUAUGAUUCUAGAACAAAUGCUACAAACUGUUUCCCCACAGAACCUUCAGACCCUUCGGGUUACUCUUGUGGGCUAUUUACAUCAUUGGCAGCAAUUGUGCAAACACGUGAAGAAAAGUGCAUAGCCCAAGCUUUCACUGGAGUUUUAUUGAAAGGUGAUUGACUGGAGUUCCCGGUUCAAGUCAUCUGUGUGCAAAAAUGAUAUAGCUAUGGGGUUGUGUGCAUACUGCCUUUCUUAAAGUGCUCCUAUAUAUAAGGUAUUUUUGUAAUGUUUCUACUCAGGGGGCCGUGUUGCUGAUGCAUGCAGUUUCACCAUUCAAAUGUGGAGUGUGUGCGUUUGUACCUGUUCAGUGUGUGAAAUUGGAACAGUUGUUCCUAGUAAUUUGCUUAUGGUAAACUGUUGAUCAGUUACCCAAAGGGAAAAUAUUCAUAUUCUUUAUCUUAAAGUGUUCUACUCUACUAAAAUUGCUAGCUGUGUGUUUGGGGAAAAAAAAUGAUAAAUAUAACUUUAAAAAGUAAUGUAAAUAUUUGUGAAAAGCAUGUUUUUAAGGUAGUGAUUUAAAUUUACACUAAUGACUAUUUUAUCAUAAAUAGCUCGUGCACUAAUGCGCACACCUCAAGUUGUGUUUCAGGAAUUCUAGUAUAUGCUGUAAUCCAUAAAAAUGCCUCUAUUUCAAUUCUCCAGGGAAAAAAAAAACACAAUCUUACAAAAUACUCUGAAUAGAAAAACUCCACCGGCAGCUGUAUUCUCACCUCCCGAUUUAUAUUUUCAUUCUUGUGCAGCUGGACAUCAUUCUUGAGAAGUCACAAGACAAGUUACCUGGUUAGCUUCAAGUUUUUUUUUAAAAUUACUAGUACAGGUGCUGAUGGUGGACACAAUUCUGUUAUUUUUAUCUGUCUUGACAUAUUCAGUGGGACUUUGCGAUAGAAUUGUGGCAGGUAUUAUAGAUUUCAUGUUAUUAUGAUUUCAAAAUUCUUUCAUGUAUGAAGCUAGGGAAGGAAGAAAAUAAAAAUAUGUAUUGAAUGACCCUUUUUUUGGCAUCAUGGGCUGAAAUUCCUCUUUUAAUGAAAAGUGGAGGAGUGACGCACUAACAAAAUCACAAAUACUCACCUUUGAAAUGCUCCACUUUCUGUGAAUGUAGCUUUAAUAAAAUCAGAUACAUAUCCGUUUUGAAAGAGAAAUUUCAUUCCCUCAUCUUAAUAUGGCUACAGUGCCAUGGUUGGUGUGGUCCCUGCUGCAUCUGGAUAUUUUGGGCACCAAACAGUGGUGCUCUGGUGCUGUUAUCUUGUCUGUGGUUUUGUUAAAUUCAUCUAAAGAAGGUCAUAAUUACUGCACAACAGUUUUAUAAUUACAAUAGUGUCAGAGGAUGUGGAAUCUGAUUCAUUCGAACGUGCAGCCAGGGCAGAAAAGGCCGAUCAGCCGAUAAAGCUCAUCUAUCUGGCGUCAUAAUUCUCAUCUCACCCUUUAGUUUAUCAACUGCGUUUUAAUAAAUCAGCCCUCAUUGAAGCUUUUUAAAUUGCUUAUUCAAUUUCAUGAAUUCAAAAAAUGUUGCUAUUUUUUAAGCAAAAGUCGUAGUGUCACUAUUUUAUAGUCCCAUUGAGCAAUGCACAUUACUAUUGGGAGCAGAUACCCGAUAGCACAGCAUUUUCAGUGUUUUGAAACACUCCGUCAUCAGGGUGCCUUAUGACUUGGUGUUGCUUUAGCGAGAGAAGUUCUAUUGUUCCCAGUGCCCAGCAGGCUUGCGAUACUGGCAGUAGCAUGGGCUAUUUUCCAGUAUAAAGAUUGAUUCUUGUGCCACUAAACUGAUAGCUCAUGACAUAUCAAUCAACCGUAUACAUUUGAGAUAAAGCUUUUUUUUCUCUUAGGGUGGAUCACGUAAUUGUCCACCUGUCUGACUGGGAUGCCCACAAGCCUAGCUUUUUUUUGACUAAGAUGACAGACACAAUGUAGCUUGGUCACACACUAUUCGUAGUGAUAUUGGAGAAGCUUGCUGCUUGGAUUGCACCACCCUACCACUCAAGUGGUACUGCUUGGAGCUGAGAAACUGGAGCUGAAAAGUAACCAAGAAGUUUCUAUUUGUAGUGUACUUUGUAUUUUAUUUGUAGGUGUUGCUAAUGAGGUGUGAGGAAUGCCAUACAUUGCGAUGUUAGUAUUUAAGAAUGUAAGAAUUGUAACAUUCCAGUUUGUAAUUCAUAAUCUUCAUCCACAGCUGCGGGCAGCUCACCAUUUAUUUACAAUAAGAUAAAUAUCCAGUACAAUGAAGCCAGUCAUGGGGCAUAGGUGAAGGUCUAACAUUAGGAUUUUAGAUUAAACAGGCAUUGUUUGAGCCAAUUUUGCCUAAAUUGUGUAAGUUGCCAUUUCCACAAAUGAUGGGAUAAAUUACUCAACUUCUCAAUCAGCUGCAGUGAUGUGUGAAAUCUGUAACGUUUUAAACUGAAGGCCAAUUCUGACCUGAUAUUUCACAUCUCCGGCUGGUUUUCAGCAUUCUCUGAAUUUUCUCCAACUAAGGUGGGCAGGGGGAAAUUAUCUGGUAUGACUCCUGCAUGAUUGAGACCUAUGAAAAUAUAUUGGCUCUUGGGAGGAAUCUUAAUGGUAGACACAUUUAUUGUAAGGGAUGCUCCUCUGGUUUCCAGAACAUAUUGCACAUUUUUAAAAUUCAACGUUAUUGUAUUCAAUGUGUGUUUGUAUUAUUUUGACAACCUUUUAUUCUUUUGUUCCCCCUUAAUUUUUGCCUCUUCCUGUUUGUCUCAUGAGAGUGAUCACUUGUGCUGGGGUACAAUUUAACAUGCAGCCUUUGGUACUUUGUGUGUGUGUGUGUCUGGGCAGCAAAUGUCUGUCAAUGCAAUAACGUCCUCACCCGAUGUUCAAAAGUGUAUAAUGGUCAGGAGCAGGAAUCCGAGUUGAGGUUUGUUUUUUUUUUUCUCCCCACCUCCCUAGGCAGUAGUGUUCCCAUUACCCUGAGAUCACACAACUCAGGGCAGAUCUGGGAUGUCCUUGAUCUAUUGUGGUAAAUGCACCCCGCUUCCAUCCUGAGUAAUCAGGAAAAGAAGUUGUGACAAGGGAUUUGCAAUGAAGAAACAGUUCUUAAAUUGGCCUUGUUUACAAGUAUGUUAUUUAAAGAAAAUAAUGACCUCGUGAGCUCUUUUGGAAUAACAUUGAAUAAUAAGUGCAGAUUAUUGUGGAAUAUGAACUGGAUCUUUAUAUGUCGUCAAAGUUUGGCAAUUUAAAAUCUUUUUAAUUUUCUCAAAUAGACAGUUUUGAAAAGAAGCCUCUUAUUCAGGAAUUACCAUUAUAUGUGCCUAAAGGAAUCCUGUUCCUCACUCAGUAUCCUUGUGUUUCAAGUCUGUAUGUGUAGUACCCAUGUAGCAGUUGGUAUUACUGGAAGUUUUAUUUUACUUUUUUAGUCAUUUUAUGGAUAUUGUAUUUUAUAACUUUCUGGUGAUCAGUUAUAUUAGUACAUGUGUUAAUAAAUACAGUGAGCUAUGAAGCAUUACAGAAAGACUGCUGUUUGAAAUUUUGCAUGGAUGACUGAAUUUUGUAUACAGUGAAUAAACAAUGAUGUCCUAAUUAAAA